UCAUGUGUACUCGGCCUCAGAAUACUUAGCAGACGCUAUCUCCCAGACAAAAUGUGGUAAUUUCCUAAUUAUGAUUGGGGAAAAUUGAACGAAGCACUGGACUUUGGCUCCAGGAGAAAACAAACUGGGGCAAUUUCCAAAGAAUCUUUAGUGAACAGAGGGCAGCAGAGGGGCUGGCUCAAUGAUCCCAGGGCCUAGGCCAUUGCAUAUUGCCUCUCCACCCUGCUUUUUCCCAAGUCUCAGUGCUUGGAAGUAACAUCAAGAAAGUACGCCGCUAGGUGGCUGCCAAAUCCUGGACUACAUUUCCCAGAGGGCUUUGCUCCCGGGCGUUUGCAACUGAAUCGGGGUGUGUUUAGGAAAGAAGCCAUAGUGGACCAGCUACUGGAGCAUCAACCUCCACUGUGCUACGGCGGUGCUGAGAUGGUUGUGUUCCUGGUGCUCCUCUGCCUUCCCUUCAUCUUCUACCUGCUCAAGCCAAAAUUCAGGAAGAUGCUGUCCAGUGGGGUGUGUACAUCUAAAGUCCAGCUUCACGGGAAGGUAGUCAUAGUCACUGGUGCUAACACAGGCAUUGGGAAGGAGACUGCUAAAGACCUGGCCCAGAGAGGAGCCCGUGUAUAUUUAGCUUGCCGGGAUGUGCAAAAGGGGGAAUUGGUGGCUAAAGAGAUCCAAGCCACCACAGGGAACAAUCAGGUCUUGGUAAGGAAACUGGACCUCGCUGAUACCAAGUCUAUUCGAGCCUUUGCCAAAGACUUCUUAGCUGAGGAGAAGCACCUCCACAUCCUAAUCAACAAUGCAGGAGUGAUGAUGUGUCCCUACUCCAAGACGGCAGAUGGCUUUGAGAUGCACAUUGGAGUCAACCACUUGGGUCACUUCCUCUUGACCUAUUUGCUGCUAGAAAAACUGAAGGAAUCGACCCCUUCAAGGAUAGUCAAUGUGUCCUCCUUGGCCCAUCAUCUGGGAAGGAUCCAUUUCCAUAACCUGCAAGGCGAGAAGUUCUACAGUGCAGGUCUUGCCUAUUGCCACAGCAAGUUAGCCAACAUUCUAUUCACUCAGGAACUGGCCAGGAGGCUGAAAGGCUCUGGAGUGACAACGUAUUCUGUCCACCCUGGCACAGUCGAUUCUAAUUUGACUCGGCACUCGUCAUUUAUGAAAUGGAUGUGGCAACUUUUCUUCCUUUUCAUCAAGACCCCUAAACAGGGAGCCCAGACGAGCCUGUACUGUGCCUUAACAGAAGGUCUCGAGAGCCUAAGUGGCAGUCACUUCAGUGAUUGCCACUUGGCAUGGGUCUCUAGCCAAGGUCGUAAUGAGACAAUAGCCAGGCGGCUGUGGGAUGUCAGCUGUGACCUGCUGGGCCUCCCUUUGGAUUGGUAAGUGGUGGUUUGGACUCAAAAGAAGAUGGAUGAGAUGAUGAUUGUCCUUCAAAGUGGCCAAAACCUUGAGCACAAAUUGCAGAACUUGGAGCCUUGCCUGCUUGGUGUCUAUCCAGUUAAAUCCCAGUACUUUGCGGGGUGCCUCUCAACACCUUAAGUUUGUACCAACUUACUUUGUUCCUGCUCCUGCCAACAUUUCUAGUGGUUUCUGGACUAAGAUAGAGGACCCUCAUAUGACCUCUGCAGCUCCUGUUUUCUUUUGGAAAGCUACUCCUAGGAAAACGGAAGCCCUGGAAGGAUUGGUGCAUGGCAAUGUGGAUUAGAUGUAGCUCCUCCCAACCAACUAAGCUUUCCUUGAAGAGCUCCUUUGCAACCUCAGUGGAACCCCAGAAGUUCUGGCUCAAGAGCAGGCCUUUGUGGCCCCCAACGUCUGGAUACUGAGAGGAAAGUCUUCACUAAAUCUGUCAGUCUGAAGUGUUUGCUACUGAAACACUUUCCCAUGUCCAGACCAAAGACAAGCUUCAUUCUCUAAGAAGGGCAGAAAUAAAAAUAAAGCUAAACUGUCAUUUUCCUGUUUCUCAGCCCAGUGAGGAGGUAAUGAAGCAUUAUAAAAAGCUGGGUCACUUGGCUUCAGUUACUGGCCCCAGACCUCUUUUCUGUGCCUUUGUUUCUCCUAGGAAAUGAGAAAAGGCCUUUUCAUUGUCACUGUGUUGAUCUCUGUGUAUCUUCUUGUGUAUUCAUGUAGUUGGGAGUGUUUCCACAAAAUUCACAGCAGCCAUAAAGGAAAAGUCCUAAAUGAGACCAUAGUUUAGACAAAUGACCAGAGAUGAAGCAAACCAGGUGGAGUCUUUGAUAUUCAAGAGUCUGGCUGCAAAGAGAGGGGGACACUGCACAGGUGUAAUCUGUCACUGAGAAGCAGAGAUGCAGCAAGGAGAGGGAGACACUGUACAUGUGCAAUUGGUCACUGAGAGCAGACACACAGCAAAGAGAGGGAGACGCUAUACAUGUAUAAUCGGCUACUGAGAAUCAGAGACACAGCAAAGAGGAGACACUGUACAUGUGUAAUCGGUCAUUGAGAAGUACAGAUGUAGCAAAGAGGAGACACUGUACAGGUGUAAUCGGUCAUUGAGAAGUACAGAUGCAGCAGGGAAGAAGGUUUUAAAAAGAAAAAUCCUGGGAGGUAAUAUGUGAUAGGAAGGGAUCAGUUAAGAAUCUAAAAAAUAAAAGAAAAUUUAAAAACCUGAAAAACAGUAAUAGACAGCUAUAGAAAGCCACACUAUUGAACUGUGUGUGGGGGGAGGGUGAAGAAAAAGUUCAAAGCACAAGAGUAAAAAAUUAACAAGUCUUUAUUUAGAAAAUUUAUCCUAAGGACUGACACUGGUUAUUACAGUCAACUUCAUAAUCUUUCAGAGCACUUCCUUACAUUAGCUUAACAAUAUUAAGAUGUGUGUGGGGGGUGUUGGGAUGGCUUAGCACUAGCUGCUGUUCCAGAAGAUCCUGGUUCAAGUCCUAGGACCUACGUGGCAGCUCACAAUCACCUGUAACCUCAUUCCUAGAGGAUCCAACUCCCUUGUCUGCCUCCAUGGGCACAGAUGUCAGUGCACAGAUGCACAUGCAUCACACACAAAUCAUUUUGUUUAAAAAGAUGUCAACUUCAGGGAUGGAGGUGAGUGUUUAAAAAGAUGUCAACUUCAGGAAUGGAGGUGAGUGUUUUUCUGGCACGUGUGAGGCAAACGAAAGUAGAGAUGGUUUCAAGUGACUAAGAUUCUGUGCUUUUUCUGGAGAGCUUUUAUCAGCAAAGGGGGUCAGGAUUCCUCAUGUCCCAUCAUUUGCUUGGAGGAUGUUGCUCUAAGAGAGUUUGCUAUUUUCUUGGGCUGACAAUUUAUAUUUUAAUCUGAAUAGGUAAGGCUGAUAGGACUACAAUCUUAAACUUCUAGUAUUUGUAAAUUAAUAAUUUUGAUGGGCUUGUUCUGACCAUUAAACUAUAUACUUAAAAGUGAGUUUAUGGGGAAAUUGGAAAACUGGAUAAUGCAGUGAAUAACUGAAUUAAAUUUUUACUUAAUUUAUAUUCAACUGUCAAUGGAAAUAAAGGUUCUUUUUAAUCAUUA